CACCAGCACAUGAGCUAGAAGGUCUAUCAUGGCAACAGAAAUAAUCUGUCCAUCAACAUGGGCCUCAUAGAUGUUGUAGCCAAGGGUGAUGUUGGGCAAGAGAUUCUGAUUGACCUCCUGAAUGGCAAACAAGAAUGCCAAGGUGUGGUUCCUCUGUGGGGCUGAGAGUGAAACUUUGUCUUCAAAAGUUCUGCUAUGAUUCCUGUUUUGCAACCCUGUCAGCAUACAGAAGGACGGACAGACAGAGAGCGGAUAGACAGGCAGGCAGGCGAGUGGACAGGAAAUGAUGAUGUUUCAGGGUCGCAGACUAUUGCUUUUUCUCUGGUUUGGGCUGAUAUUCACAGCCGGGGUGAUCUACCAGUUCCUCUCUAUUGGCCAGCCGAAGAUCAGGUUUGUGCCUCCACCUCCUAGGAAAUACAACAGGAGCCAGAUGCCUUCUAUGGAGGCCAUUGAACUGCAGAAGCUGCUCCAACUACUGGAGUGGCCAGUUCCACCAGAGGAUUCUGUGCCCUUCGCUUCCUCUACAAGCCCAGAGAAGAGCUUUUACCAGCUCUUUCAGUCCUGGCACAACUACACAGUUGGAGAAACACUGCUGGUGCGGCUGGAGGCCCAUGACCAUAGUGGGCAGGUCAAGCGCUAUGGUGGGGACUUUUUCAGGGCCAAAGUGCACUCCCCAGAGUUGAAGGCGGGUGCAGCUGGGAGGGUACAGGACCACCACAAUGGCACCUACACUCUGGCUUUCCCCCUUCUGUGGGCUGGUGCAGUGCAGGUGUCUGUGCGCCUUAUCCACUCCAGUGAAGCUGUAGCCAUCCUUAAACGCACCCGCCACUCCAAGCCCUCCACAGUAUCCUUCUUCAGCUACUUUGGGGGUCCAAGCCAGUCGGACAAAGAAGAGAAGACUGAAUGCAAUGUGCACCCGAGCCCAGGUCCAACCUGCCAGUACACAGAUCCUGGGACUGGGGAACACUGGUUCUGUUCUCAGCCCCAGCACCACCCUUGCAGUGCCCUCACGCAUCACUCAGCUGGCCACUACAAGCAAGUGCUCACUCCAGAGGAGAGCGUCUUCCUUGGUGGGGCUGUCACAGACCGGGCUGUUCCAGGAAAGGUGCCCAUCAUCCAGGUGCUGCCUGCCCCCCAGCUGGAUGCAGUGACAUCCCCACCACCUCCUCCAUGCCGUCCAGGCCUGGCCCCCAUCAGCCCAUCCGGCUUCUACUAUAAAGAUGUGUGGAUGCCCCUGGGCUGCUCCAGCCGCACUUUCCCGAAAGCCAACUUGGCACUGGGCUGCCUGUGGGGCAAGAUUGUCCACAUGUUUGGAGAUUCCACCUUGUGCCAGUGGUGGGAGUUCUUGGUGGACUUCAUCCCUUCACUCAAGCGCAUAGAUCUCCAUGUGUCAUAUAAGUCAGGUCCACUGCUGGCUGUAGAGCCUGCACAGGGCCUGGUGCUGGGAUGGCGCGCCCAUGGCCUUCCUCUGCGUACUGAAAAGACCAAGAUGGCAGACCUGCAUUACUUGGCCAAUGAGCUGGAUGCACUUGGUGGUGGCCCCGACGUGGUCGUGGUCUUCACACUCUGGGCCCACUUCACCACCUUCCCAGUGGAGUACUAUGUGCAGCGGCUGCGCAGGGUUCGGCAGGCUGUGGUGCAGCUCCUGAGCCGUGGUCCCCGCACCACGGUCGUCAUCAAGACAGCGAACACAGGAUACAAGACUAUCUAUGGCAGCGACUGGCUCUCCAUGCAGCUGGACAGCAUCCUUCGUGCCAUGUUUGCUGAUGUGCCAGUGGUUAUGGUCGAUGCCUGGGCCAUGACCUCCUGCCACUACCUGCCUGACAACAUCCAUCCUGGCAAAGUGAUAGUGCAGAAUGAGAUCAACGCCUUCCUCUCUUUCAUCUGCCCAGGAAGCUGACCAAAAGGGAAGGCACUGUGGCUAAUAGUUGGUGGUGAAGGAAAUAUGUGUUUGAAAACUGGCUUUCUUUGUAAAGCAAGUGGAGAGUUCUGCAGCCUGAAGCAGGAAUCUUUAGAGACCGUUCAGAAAGUGUGAAGCUGCUUUGUCCCCUGCUUACAAAUCUGACAUAGCUCUUUGUGAUGCCUUCCUCAUUAAAGAAAAGUAGGGAUAUGCACAAAACGGAUUUUGCUUUCCAUCCUGAGCUCAGAAUGGAACACAACAUUUCCAGAUCGAUCCAUUGGAACAACCAACUGAGCCAGUUGUUCUGACAGAAUGAGCCCAUUCCAACUCAAAACGUUCUGAGAGCCAUUUUUAAAUCCAAAAUGUCUCUCUUCUUGACUCUGUGCACGUGCAGCGGCCAUUUGUGUGGUGGUGCAGACUAUGCAAACGGCUGUCAUCCAUAUGCAGAGGCCAGAAUAAUGCCGUUUUGGAUUUUAAAAUGACUCUUGGAACAUUCCUAGUCAGAUCAGGUUCAUUUCAUUUCCAGCUUGGAACAGGCCCUUCAUUUGAAAGGCAUUCUGUUCCAAGCUCAGAACAUGCAAAACAGCCUGUUUCAAGUCAAAACGUUCCUCCCAUGGAGCUUGCUUUAUAUCCCUAGGAAGAAGCUAUAUAUGCCGUGGGAGGUGUCAAACUCUGAAACAAUCUGUUAUGGGGCUGGAUGCAAUAAGAAUGGCUAACAUGGAUAGCUACCAAAAAAGUAUAUUAUUUUAUGACUGUUUUAGAAGCUGAAGCUGUUGCUUAUAUAGCUUCUGUUGUCUGAGUCUUAGGUGAGAUUGGUCUACAAUGUGUCUAGAUAUAUCUGGAGGUGAGAAGACAGUGGAUAUGUCCAUUGAAUAUAGAGUGGCUAUUUGGAUGGUGGUGGGAAGUAGAAGAGGUAACGUUGGCAGGUCAGCAGGCAAGGGAAAUCAGAAUUCUAAUAGCCAUUUCCCCUUCUGGCUGUUUGUAAGCUCUUUGACCUUGGGAAGCAAAGUCAACUAACCACAGCACCUCACCUGUUAGAGGUUGUUGAUUUUUACCCACAAUAGGUAAAACAGCAGAGCACUAAGGAAUGAGCACACACUCCAGGUACAGAGUAGGUAGCAGAGGAUGGUUCGGACAUUGCAGCUAUUUAAAGAAAACACAUGAAGAUCCUUGUAUGACUAAACAGUAAAUAUUUAUUGGUUAAAUACACUUAGAUAGGAAAGACCUAUCUCUAAUCUAAAGGACUACAUAGUGGAUAGGUAAGGAGAGAGAGAGAGAGAUGUUUCCAUCUGCUCUCUAGGAGGAAAGGAAGGAUUGUGACUCAGCACAGGAAGUGCUGCAGAGUCAGUUCAGGGGUCAUAGAGUAGGGACAGAUAGGGAGACCCUAACUCACUGUCUCUACUCCCAAUGCCCCAGUGGUCAUUAGGACAGUUGGCGCAAAAGGUCGAUGCACUGGAAGUUCAUCUCCAACAUCACCUUGCUCCUUUGUAAUGCCAGGUUGGUCCACAAUAAACCUGAAAUAAUCUGUGAUCUAAUUACAGAUGGAGGGGCUGACCUGGUAUGUAUUACAGAGACCUGGUGGGUGGGGGGAGGCUGAUGACCUAGUCUGGUCCCAGCUUGUCCCUCCAGGGUCCUCUGAUGAUGAGCAAGUGAGAGGAUAUUGGCAGGGAGGUGGAGUGGCUGUGGUCUAUAUAAAUAAUAUCUCCCCUACCGGGAGAUCAAGUCAGAUGUCCACAGAAGUGCUCUCAGGAACGGGCCGUGGGGAUCUGGCCUGGUCCUCCACCCCCUGGCGAUGGGCCUCCAAACGCUUCCCCCUCGAUAGGUAGGGCCAGGGGCGUAGCUAGUGGAGAGGGGACCUGUGUUCAUCCCUCUCUCGGGCGGCCCCCCCAGAGUGAGGGAGACAAUGAAGAAAAUAGGGAAGGAUGGAGCUGGGGGCCCAAAUUCUUUGAACCCUUUUGUUCAAUUAUAGCUACGCCCCUGGGUAGGGCUGCCGGCAGUGGCCAACUGUGAAGGCUGCCGCUGCUGCAGUAGUAUGUGGACAGCCUGAGGCCGGGAAGGGGCCUCAGUGGGGAUGAGACCACACCUCUGCUAGCAGCUCUGCUGUGUAUGUGCUCCACUCCGCCAGCCCUGUGGGCAGGGCAGGGGCCUCAGUGCAGCGGAGAUCCUGGCUGCUGCUUAGGGGCUCCAGCCCCUCUCUCUGCCUGCCUCAUGCAGCCAACCACGUGACACAGGAAUGCUGCUGCAGGUGCUAUGACCACGGAGGGAGCAGGAGCAGUGGCGACGCCAGCAGGGCAAUGAGCGAGUGUGUUGAAGAGCGGCUAGAGAGCUGGGGAAGGAGCCAACCGUCAAGGGCACAGGCACUCUCGGCUCUCCACUAAAGCAGGGCACUGGGCAGCUGCCUCCACACUCGAGUGAGCAACACAACAGCCCAACAACCGGCUGAGUCGGUCAUUAAACUAGUAA